AUGACCGUGAUCUGGGGUCUAGAUCUCAAGGAGAUCCAAUGGUGGAAAUUCAAGAGUUCGUGGAUGUUCACGCCGUCAUACCAUCUGCGACGAACCAAGAUGAUUGUCUAUCAACUGGCCAUGAUCUGUUGCGUGUGUUCCGAAUCCACUGGAACGGCGGCCUUGUCAGACUAUGUCGACCAGCAAAGUGAUAUCCAAGGCAAACACCCCGGGAUCUACGUCUGGAACAACGACUUCGUCGGCGCAGCCUCGUACAAUAUCUGGUGUGGAGUGGCAGUUGCGUUCAUCUUCGGCGGUGCCUUCUUCUUUGAUCUAUUCUGGCCCGAGAGACACGAGAGCAGAGGUGUGCGGUUGGCAUGGAAGAUCUGUGCCGUCACGGUAUCGGUCAUGAUGCUGAGUUCGGCAUUGACGAUGACCAUCAUCACCGCAACUCGAAGUGCAUCCAUCCAAGGAGCCGACCCCGACACCGCCAGGGAAUACUGGGCGGAUGCCAUCAAACAACCGGCUCUGAAAUACCGCACUAAUCCCAAGGCACUCGCCUCCGUUGUUCUGGCAUGGCCCGGAUGGAUCUUCACCACUAUGAGUACAUUCAUCCUCUUCGCCUCCGAGAAACAUGACGACCGAUACGGACCGAAAUCCAAGAUCGGCAAGCAGGAUGAGCAGAAUGAAGCUGCCCAUGCCCAUACCCCUGCCGCCGAGGGUGGCGAGAUGACUGAGGAGAUCAAGCCGGAAAAUGCUGUUUGA